GUUUGUUUGCUCGGAUCGCGGCAAGCGUUGAUCAAAAAGCAAAAAUUUUCAUUGUUGAAUCAGUCAGUUCGUGUUCGGUUUGCUUUCGAAAUUUGUCUUCGAUAUGAUCAAAGAACUUUAUCAGUCAGCUGAACCGCAAUCUCUACAACCAUGCUUCGUGCCGGCUUCAUCCGCAUCGGUCGGUACAUUUAACACGAAAUGUAAAGCUAUGAUAAUAACAGCAACCAAAUGGAAUGAACUACUGAGCAAUGCAAGUAAGGCACGAAUUCGUCCUCAAACGACUAUUGCAUCGAAUGGACGAUUGGUAACGCAGAAUGAAGCUGAGUUCAAAAGAUAUCUAAAGAAUGAAUCUCAAGUCAUGACUAGGCAAUGGGAAAAUACAGUUCAGAAUAUACGCGAUAAAAAGGAAUCCGAUCGACUAAGAAAGCAACAAGAAAAAGUAGAAGAAGAUAAAAAACUUUAUCAUGCACUUAAAACCGCCGACGAGAUAAAGCGAAAUGAACUGAUUGAAAAAGCCCAAGAAAUUAUUCAAAGAGAAAAGGAAGGCCCGAGAGUUCUAGAGAGUGCAGCAAAAUUCUGCGAAGUAUUGAAAGCACGCGAAUUUCAAUGCAAGUUCAAGUCGGAUCAGAAAAUUCAGAUAGACAAGCGACGCAAAGAAUUGGACAAACAAGAUAAUACUUUGUCGAAUCAAUUGAUUAAGUCGCAAGCUGAACGUUAUAUCGAAGAGCGAAGGCGGUUUGAUUGCUAUAAAAAUGAACUAAGAGACCAAAUUCAACGAGAUGAAAUAGAUAAACAGCAGAAACGAAAUUCUCUGAUUGAGCAGGAACGAAAGCAGCGCGAAGUCUUAGAAGAUAAAAUAAAACGACAAAUAGAAAGAGAACAACAGGUGUUUGAAAGGAAAAAGGCAAUGCGAAGACAACAUGCUUUGGAAGCUAUGAAAAUGACUCAAGAACGCGAAGAAAGAUUGAAACGUGAAAUGAUUAUAGAAGAUUCGUUGAAUGAAAUAUACAAUGACGGACAAAUGGUAAUUUCUAAUAAGAGAAAAGAGAUUCAUACUAACAAACACAAAUUGAGAGAUAACGCCGAAUUGUUACAAGAAGAAGUUGAACGCCGAAAGCAACUUCUAGAUGACGAAGAUAAAAAUCGUGAAAAAGCAUUACAGGAAAAGGAAAAGAUGGCGGAGAAAAAUAUACGCGAAAAAAUUGAAACUGAGAAACAGAUGAAGGCUGCUCGAAUUCAAGCACAUUUGGAUGAAAUGAAUUGCAAAAAAGUGAAAGCUUCAGAGCAAGAAGCAAUGGAACAUAAGGAAAUGGCUAAUAGAUUGAAGAAUGUUGACGUUACUUUCGGAUUUAAUCAAAGGAAUGCAACAAAUAUAGCAAACAGAACACAAAUUCAACGUAAAUUAUUACUCGAUCAGAUUGAUGAACGCAGAACACAUGAAAACAUAGAAUCCGACACAAAAGCAGAACUUCAAUACAUGCGUAACAGUGCCAAAAAGGAAAAUAGGCACUUUAUGAAGUAUGCGGAAGAGCUGAUUACAGAUAACAAGAGAAAGGGAAGGCCUGUGUUACCAUUACUGAGAUCCGUUGAAAAUUACAAACGCGAACAUUAUUUAGAUUACAGGGAAAAAGAAUUUACCCCAAGACACCUUAUUUCUAACGUUCCGAUAAAUAACAAGCUUGCUGAUCAAGAGUACAUUAACGAUCCAGCAAUAAUUGAAAUGACUCCUGCAAUGCCGCCUAUUCGAGUGCGCUAUGAUCCGAAACAAUUAAAAGAUAUGGAUCCUUACAAAAAUCAUAAAAUCUGAGAAGCAUCGCAUUAGUUGAGCUGAUGAAGUUUAAAUUAAUUUCAAGCAUACUAUACCGUUGAAAUCUGAAUGCUAAGAAUUCCAAUAGAAACACCUCAUUUAAUCUGUACUCACAAAAACAUUUAUUUUUCAAAAGGUUUUAUAUAAAAAUAAAUAAUAAUUCAAUCACA